GCGAGUAGAACCGUGUUGUAGCCUAUGAGCUUGUGAUGAUACGAGCUCGCGUAGUACGCAUAAGCCGGAUAAUACAAUGCGGCCCAUGGCGUCUCGGUUAAAGUGUAAGUACUCCGACUGUGAUCCUCGGCGAUAGCACCGUGCCGAAGCAACGAGACGUCGUCUGCAGAGUUAACAUCCUUCCUUCAAUCUGUUCACUGUAACAAAACCACCGCAGGUGACAUAAUAAUUUAUUGGGAAGCUCUAUUAACGCGAGGGUGUGAGAUCUCAUAUAGCGUCUUGUAUUUAUCAACAGCUGCUUCAGGGCUGGGACUUUCUUGAAAUUGCAAAUCUUUUGAAAAUUUUAUUUAGAUUUCUGGAUUGGAGGGUGGAUUCAGCGCUCAGAUGGCACUGUUGGUGGUUAUAUCUCGACACAGUUGAGGUUUUAGUGGCAAAUAAUUGAGCUUAAACUCACAGUUUGUCUAGUACUAUCUUAAAUCUGAGGUUGUUCUCGUUGACAUGGAGCAAGAAGCAGAGAAAUCUUUAGUUCAGGAGGGAAUGCCAGAUGAGUGUCACAGAGACAGCCCAGAUCCUGUUAGCCAGGUUAGGAAGCUGUUGUUCCGCCGAAUGCUGGUGGGUAUCAAGGAUGGUAGAUUUUUCUUGGGUACCUUCCACUGCAUUGACAAACAGGGAAAUAUCCUUCUCCAAGAUGCGGUGGAAUACCGUAGCACCCAUCGCUCUGGUGUGUCCCCAAUGGAACAUCGCUGCCUUGGUCUUAUCCUCAUCCCAUCCUCUUGUCGAACUGCCUGUCACGUGGAUUGCUCCAUUGAAGAGCAUAUGUUGCUGCUUUCCCUGCAGGAAUAGAAGCAGCUGGUUUGGAUAUUAUGGUGGAAACAAGCUAAAGCUAAUGCGGAACCUUUUGGUUUGCCAUAUUUCCAUUCAUCCAGUGGGCUGUCUAAUUGCCACUCAUGGUAAAUGUUAGGCAAUAUUGUCAGUUGGAUUCAAUUUCCCGCGCAUGCACGUUUUCUUUUUUUGCUAAAUGAAAAUUCUUGUUUUUUGUUUGUUGUGAGACUGGCUGUGUUAAAAUUUGCAAUCCAGAUAAACUGCUAGACCUACUCUGAAGAAGUGGUAUAAUUUGAGUCUUGAAGCAA